GGGUUCCUUCGAACCCAGGCGCUUGGGUUCCUUCAAACCCACGCCUGGGUUCUUCGAACCAGCUGGGUUCCAUGGAACCCAACCCUGGGUUCCGUCGAACCCAGGCAUGGGUUCAACGAAACCCAAGCGUGGGUUCUUCGAACCAGCUGGGUUCCAUGGAACUCGACCCUGGGUUCCGUCGAACCCAGGCAUGGGUUCAACGGAACCCAGGCGUGGGUUCGAAGAACCCAGAACGCUUGGGUUCUUCAAACCAGUUGGGUUCCAUGGAACUCGACCCUGGGUUCGAAGAACCCAGCACGCCUGGGUUCGAAGAACCCAGCACGCCUGGGUUCGAAGAACCCAGCACGCCUGGGUUCGAGAUGAUGAUGAUGAACAUAUAUAUUUUUUCUACUGUGGGUUUGGUGUUUGAUGAUGAUGAAGAAAGCAAGUCAAGGAAGAGGAAGGAAAAAAAAAAGGCGUUGUUUGGGUUCGAUUCAACCCAGGCAUGGGUUCAACGGAACCCAGGCGUGGGUUCAACGGAACCCAGGCGUGGGUUCAACGGAACCCAGCACGCCUGGGUACGAGAUGAUGAUGAUGAAGAAAGCAAGGCAAGGAAGAGGAAGGAAAAAAAAAGGGCGUUGUUUGGGUUCGAUUCAACCCAGCUCGUAAAUGAUGAAGUAAGCUCAUCUCUUUUGUUGAAGAAAGUAAAGAAAGCGGUUCACGGUUUCUUUAACCUCCCAACGGAGGAGAAGAAAAAAUCUUGGCGGUACCCAGGAGAAGUAGAAGGAUUUGGGCAGCUCUUUGUUGGUAUCGGAGGAGCAAAAGCUUGAUUGGGCUUAUCUCUUCUUGAUUACAACCCAACCACCCUAUUUGAGAAAGCCCCACCUGUUCCCUAAGUCUCAUAAUAUAUAGUCACUUAGUCA